GUUUAAAUUAUUUGCUGCCCCGAAACGGAUAGUAUUUAAGAGUAUGGGUACAGCGCGCAACACUGUACCCAAGAGCACCAUGAUCACAAAUUUUCGCGCCUUGCUCAAGACUCACCUGCUUAUCCUUCAAUGGUUACUGUAUCCUUCAUUCAUCUGCUGUUUUCUCCUCUUCUUGCUGUGUUUAAUCUCACCUGAGGGAGUACAUGCCCAAAUUGGAGGUUUGUGGUGCUAUUCAAAUCAGUCUUAAAAUAAAUAAAACGUUUUAAAACCAGACUAAAGACGGGAAAGGCAGUGUAGUAAUAAAACAUAAUAAAAAGUUAAAAAAGCACUAAAAAAUACUUCACUAAAUUUGAGGUCUAUUUUACAUUUAAGACAAAGAAUGCUUUUGAAAUAAAAUAGUAUUCCAUAAAGUUUGAGUUCCUGGUUUCUUUGAAUUAUUCACUUUUGGUUGAUGUUAUGGCACAAAAAAAAACAGUUCUUGCAAGUUGAAAAUGUAAGACAAAGGUUGAAAAAAUACGUGGAAGUUUCUAGUAUUCUAAACCUUGUUGCAAUAUAGUGACUCAACAGAUAGGUACGACAAAUUUUUUAGUUUAUUCGUUUCCUCUAAAUUUUAAAAUUUUUUUGUCUCGCAGAAUUUAACACCUUGUAUCACCGAGAUCUUCGCCAAGACAUUUUUGUAAAAGACGAUCACCAUUACCUGAAUGUACCCAGAGUUGGAACAUACGCCGUGUACGACACCCUGGACUGUACCAUUGAAUGUCUAAGUAAUCCCUCCUGCUUUUCUUUGAACCUGGCCGCGUCAAAAGGAGUAGACGAGAAGCUCUGGUGCGAGUUGCUAUCUUCUGAAAAGUACAGCAACCCUGGAGAGUACAAAAGAAACCAGAGCUCGCAUCACUUUUCCAUUAAGGUAUCACUAUUAUUUUCUCUCCACGACCCCCGUCCGCCGGCUAAAGACACUGGUUAAACAACUUCACAAAUGUUCUCCCUCUAAGAUUUUCUCCCAAUAACCCGCCGACAUUUAUAUUAAAUUAUGGCUUUUCCCGUUGUGUCUGACGGAGGAUUCGGUCACUUUAGACCCAUUUACAGCAGAACGUCUGCCUUUGUCAGAAUGCUUGGAUAGGUAAAAGGGAAGAGGAGUUAUAAAUAGGAAAUUUGGCACCGCAGGUGUGUGUGUGGUCGUCAUUUUUAAUUUAUCUUCAAGUUGGUUAAAGGGGUGAAGCACACGUACGAACAAACAUGUCACUUUAAAGUUAAUUAAAAGAGGAUUCAAUCGAAUGAGAUGCAUCACCCCAACAAUAACCUCUAGAGGUGUGUGUGUAUGGUCGUCAUUUUUAAUUUAUCUUCAAGUUGGUUAAAGGGGUAAAGCACACGUACGAACAAACAUGUCACUUAAAAAGUUAAUUAAAAUAGGAUUCAAUCGAAUGAGAUGCAUCACCCCAACAAUAACCUAUUUUUUCUCAUUUUUCACUCUACAUCUUUUACACAGUAAAACAGAACUUUCAUGAAUAUGAUCCGUGCAAAGCAAAAAAUAACAUUUUUUUUUUACUUUCAGUCUGUGCCAAAAAUUUCGAUCUGAAACUGAAACCUUCGUCAGCUGUUAAAAGAUUUUAUGCGUCAGGAUCAUAAAUCGUUCUCACAUUCGUAGGCUGCAGAGACAAUCGUUCUUUGUCUCCCAUACACUCUUUUUUAGCUCAUGGAUGACGUAGUCAUGCGAUGCGAUCACUCACUCACUUACUCACUCACUCACUCGAGUCUCAUUAAUUUAUUCAUUAAAGUCAGAUUAAACACUUUACUCUUACCUCCCUUACUUAGUAUUACUUUUGUUCCAAGUGCCUUUUACGCAUAUGUUUGGAAUAUUCUAGAGGGUACUAGUAAAGCGCAUUCUUUUCCACGACACAUCAGUUAUAGAGAUGGGUUUUGUAUAAAUGGAAAUAUUCUAAAGAACACUGAUAAUAUCAUCUGCAAGAAAUGGAAUUAGAAAUGUUAAAAGGACAUUGAAAUAAUUGAGCGUGGAUCAUUGUUGUAUAUUUAGACGAAUUGGCCACAUUUGUUCCCGAUAUUACUUGAUAUGGAGAAGAUGCGAUCGACAGGAGUGUGAAAGAGCUAUCGCAGCCUGACUAUGGGAUUUCGUUCAGCAAAAAGCGAAUAAGGGGACGUUGAGGAGUAUCUAUUGUGGUUUAUUGUUAUUUGGACGAAUCCAUUCGACCAUUUGUCUUCGUAUGCAAACAGCAGGGACUGAAUUAAUGUUGUGUCAACUGGAAGCACAGGUUUUAGAACCAACAAGCGUUACGCUAUUUUGCUUGAAUUCUUAGGUUAUCUUUGCCUUAAAGUAGGUUUUUGUUUGUCGGUGAUUCUAUUUAGCAGUGUUAUUAAUGUAAGUUCUACAAGAAAUGCUGCGCUUGUGUAGACAAGUCUCUAGGACAUUUAGGUGGAGAAAGGCAAUCGGAUACUUCGACUGCGUUUAAAUAAAUACUUAGCUAGAUCAGAGCACGUACAGCUAUUAAAAUAAUUUUUAGCUAGUGUUUAUCAAAAGCGCGUUCUAAAGCAGUUUAAUUUAGCCAUAAACGCCUGUAUUCUGUAUUUAAUAGCUCGUUCUACAUAUACCACGGGUACCCAACAUCAAUUUUCGGAAAACAUUUAUUCGGAAGACGAUUUGAGAUCUAGAAUUUUUGGAACAUUUUUUGUAAACUUUCUUGCUUGCCUGCCUCUCCUAGGAUCUUCGAACAACUAAAAAAUCGUAUACUUGCCCAUUCCUAACGGAUUUUUACCCUAAAAAGGUCGCCUAGAAUUUUCGGGAGCCUUUUUUCUACCUGAAAUUUUCGAAAAGGUAAGUUUUGAUCCCUAUAAUUUUCGGAUCACUAGACUUUCAGCUAGGAAAUCCGAACAAAUGAAAAAAUUUUAGGGGAUAAAAAUAUGCCUAUAUCUACCGUUUAAAUACUAAAAUACGUUUGACAAUGCUAUGUUUAAGUGCUUUUAAACUAUAUUCUCGUUGGGUGCCCCUAAUAUACUAACCGUUACAUAGUCUUUGUGAACAGCAUAUGGAAGCAUUUAUUUAAAAGCAUCGCACUUUUAGGAAACGUUCGAGGUCCAUUAAAAUAAUUGCUUAAAACCACGGUUUAAAUAAAACUCGGGCUUAUGUAAAACUUAGCUAUUUUACAAGAAAGUGCACUGUCGUUCGGAAAGUGUUUGACAUGUACAGUCACAUGACAAAGCAAAUUAUUUUACAACUAAAAAGCGUUAAUAAUUGCUUUUAAAAGUGAUCUUUUUGUUGUAAGUAGAAAUGCUGCGCUGAUAACAAGUUUCUAGAAUAUUCAGGUGCACAUGCAAUCGAAUACUUCGAGUCACGCUAUAUUUUGGCAAGUCCGUACACAAUGAACCGUUCAAAAAGAUUUAUAUGUUUUCCUUUGAUUAUUGAACUGUCUUUUCUACACUAAUUCAAUUCAUCCAUGAGCUCGCUCCUAGGAGCCUUUGAUUUCUAUAAGAAUAUAUUUUAUAAGAAUAUUGAAGCUGAAAUUUGCGAAAUUUUAAGAAUAUUUUAGGAAUAAACCCGAGGCUGAGAAUUUGAAAAGGAUUUGAAAAUCUGUAAAUACAGUACAUCAGUUUAUGUUUUAACUUAACCGUAGAAAAUUAUUUCUUUUACUAAACGGCAAGAACACUGGUAAUUGAAAUCCUAAUACAUCAUGUUCUAAAGCGGAAAAUGCCGUAAGCUGUAGUUUAUAAUUAGGAUUAAUUCAAGAAUAUAUUCAGCCUAAAAUCGACAAAAAAUAACAAUAUUCAGCCUAGGCCGGAAAAUAACAUUGUUAUAUAAAAAAAAGAGUAUUUCGAAUUCGAACGUUACUCAACAGUACCGAUGGUGAUCAUAUUUUGAGCUUGGGUGACCUGUGAGUACAAAGACAGUUUGAAUAAGCGGGUGCCGCAUAUUGCCAUUCAAUUUUCAGUCAUUGCUGGGCCGAGGAUUAGAAACUUGAUAUAACACUGAAUAGCAUAGUUACUGGUCAGAGUGUGUUUUUUGGGGGGAGGGGCGGUAAACCCAUGUCAUUUUCUCCCUGUAUGCUGCAAGUAGGCAGGGCUCUCCCUUUUAUGGCCUUUAUGGGGAGGUUCCGAACGAAAGGGAUUCCGUCUUUUCAUAGGCGUCCGGUAUAUAAAAGGGAAGCGAUUUCACUAUUGAACUAUAUAUAUAUAUAUGGCAAUCGGGUUGGGAAAACUGUCAUUUAAUAGUUAUUUAAACUGGGCUUUGAUUUAAAGAUAUAUUCUGAACAGACCCACCUUAUGUCUGUAUCGUUAACAAUUUAUUAUAAGCGACAUGAAAUGUUUGUCCUUUAUAUCGUUAAACGGUCUUUAUGUUUUUAGUUUUAGUUUGUGUUUUUGCCUUGUUUAUUUGUUUUAGACUGCGUGUCACUCUUCGCCUUGCCGUAAUGGUGGAACAUGUGUACCAAACUACAAAUAUCACACCUUUGACUGCGGUUGUAAAGACGGUUACGUCGGAGACUUAUGCGAAGAAGUAUUUGGUACGUUUCCCAUAAAAGGUUGUCAAAGGACAGACUUGCACUUUACAAUAGUAAUAAUGUAAUGAAACUUGACCUUGAUGAAGAUGCUUUCGAAACUCCAUGUAAGAGCGACCAAUUGUCCUCCCAUGGGCGAUCACCUAUCUAGAACACUAAACGUUUCUCAGUAAAAUCCCUUUAGUGUGGAACCUUUUGUAAACGAGCACCUCUCAUAAGCGACUACGACAAUUAUUUCGGGUGACGUUUUGUAAUUUUUCAUUGUUUUUAACUUCUAAUAAGCAACCAUGCACUUGGCGUCAUGGUCCGAUCUCUUUGUUCGCUGCAAGUAGCAUGUGUACUAAGCUAAUCAAAGUAUACGAAACCGUUUUAGCGACGAGAUGGAACUUCCACUGAGUCGUAACUAAGAAAUUGCACGCAAUAAAUUCCCUCCAAAAAGCAGAUGAGUCCUGACCUCUUCCAAGAAAACACGUCCUCUGGCCUCUUCUCAGUAGAGUCGGCCUUGCGGUUUGAUUCUUGUAAGCGACCGCCUGCCAUUGUCAUUUUGGGUGUUCGCUUACGGAGGGUUUGACUUGGAUUUAUUUCUAAAGCCGCAUUUAUGAAAUCCUUAAGGUGUAGAGGGGGCUUAGCAUGCAGUCAAAUAGUAAAAAUAUUAAAGUAAAAAUCUAUAAAAUAUCUCAAUCAGUCAGUUCGGCACCUAGAAGUAAGCCCGGGAGUAAAACGUAUACUAUUGUAGUGACUUUAAAUCGAGUUGAUAUCCUUUUUCCUUUAGUUCCGAAAUCAUGCAAGCAAGUGUACGNUCCCAUGGGCGAUCACCUAUCUAGAACACUAAACGUUUCUCAGUAAAAUCCCUUUAGUGUGGAACCUUUUGUAAACGAGCACCUCUCAUAAGCGACUACGACAAUUAUUUCGGGUGACGUUUUGUAAUUUUUCAUUGUUUUUAACUUCUAAUAAGCAACCAUGCACUUGGCGUCAUGGUCCGAUCUCUUUGUUCGCUGCAAGUAGCAUGUGUACUAAGCUAAUCAAAGUAUACGAAACCGUUUUAGCGACGAGAUGGAACUUCCACUGAGUCGUAACUAAGAAAUUGCACGCAAUAAAUUCCCUCCAAAAAGCAGAUGAGUCCUGACCUCUUCCAAGAAAACACGUCCUCUGGCCUCUUCUCAGUAGAGUCGGCCUUGCGGUUUGAUUCUUGUAAGCGACCGCCUGCCAUUGUCAUUUUGGGUGUUCGCUUACGGAGGGUUUGACUUGGAUUUAUUUCUAAAGCCGCAUUUAUGAAAUCCUUAAGGUGUAGAGGGGGCUUAGCAUGCAGUCAAAUAGUAAAAAUAUUAAAGUAAAAAUCUAUAAAAUAUCUCAAUCAGUCAGUUCGGCACCUAGAAGUAAGCCCGGGAGUAAAACGUAUACUAUUGUAGUGACUUUAAAUCGAGUUGAUAUCCUUUUUCCUUUAGUUCCGAAAUCAUGCAAGCAAGUGUACGAUUAUUAUGCAGACAAGUGAGUGAAAUUGUCAUUUAUUUAUUUAUUUAUUUAUUUGUGCCAUUUUGGCAUGUAUUGGCAGUGCCAGAUCCAGACCUUAAGAUAGGGCGGGGGUGGGGUGGUCAUCCAGAACCUUACAUAAGGGGGGGAGCUGUGUCCAAAAUAAUUUUGUUUCGGCCCCUCGGGCCUCAGUUUAGUCUAAAAAUAGGGGGGGCCAGGCCCCCCGGGCCCCUCCCCUGGAUCCACCACUGUAUUAGUUUGUAACAACAGAGAAUAAUGAACAGUCUUGGGUGCACGAAGUACGUUUACUGUGAGAUUUAACUCUUGUUUGAGUUCAAUAUUUUAGUCCUGGGUCAUUCAGAUCACUUGGUUUGCAUUAUAUAUACUGUCUUAAACAAUAAUUAUUUACCGAAGUGCCCACCUUGGCUUUUGUGCAGGUCCCAACGAAGCCAGCUGGUUAAACUUUUUUUUAACUCAAGACCAACUUCCGUUCUCUGUCAAAUUGGUGACUUUGGAUGUGGACCAGGGGGUUGGACGCCGGUCAUGAAGAUAAACGGAGGCAAGGUAUGAAAUUUGUGGAUGAGAUAUUUAUCCAAAUUUUUUCAAAUUCCAAUUCGACCCGGAAUUGUAGACGAAAAACCACUACGUGAAUCACCAUGCGAGCUGAGCCUGAGAAGGAGAAAAUUUAGGACGUUUUGCCUAAAUAACGUCAAACCUUUGAAGGUAGCCACAGCCCAAAAUUUCUGGACUAGACAAGCCUCUUUUCUCUCGUCAAACUGUUUUUUUCGAGUGCGAGCAUCCGUUUAUUGAUUAGACGAUGGUCAUAACCGAGUCUGCUGUAGCAAGCACACGGUUAUUAGGCCUGGGUUCGAAACUAUAUCCCAAGCACCAUGCAUUACAUGCUCAACAAAGAUUUUACUCGAUCGAUUCAUGCAGUCUUUCUCGAGUGCGCCAAAAGAAAGACUGUGUUGGCGGGGUGUACGUGAAUAUGUUACUUCUAAAUCUUUACUUUAUCUAUGCCACUUUUUAUUUUUUUACCUACGUGUUGCGAAGAAUACCAGGCACCCGGCGUUGCCUUAAGACUACUUACAGUAUAAGAAUGUAUUCCGUACCUCCUCUUUUGCAAUUUGUCUCCCUACAAAACACUGAUUGGCCAUUGAACGGUAGUGGCUACCAACGCACCCACAAACCAGAUGGUUUGUUAGAAGCUGCUUGUUUAUCCUUCGAAUGGCAUCAGUGAAAAAACUAUUGUCUCAGUCGCUUGAGGUGGUUGGGUUGCGAGAUUUACAUCAAAAGUAAAAUAGGUUCACCGCUAUUUGUGAAAAAUGACCUGUAUAUUGUUUAUUUACACUAAACAUUUGACCUCGCGUGGAAAGAAUGCUCAGUUUCUACUCCAGUUGAAUAAAUAUAAAUUUUCAGUAAAAUCCACGUGGCGUCAAUAUUGCGACCAGGUAAAUGACGUCACCAGUCACCCAGCAGCAGUGCAGUACCAACUAAGGGCUUAACUUUUGAAGAAGGCUUUGGUCGUUAUCGUUUCAUAUGAAAAAAAAAAAGAAUUGUUUUCCUCCUGGACCCAAUUAGCUAUUCGUUUAAGCUGUCAAGAUUUUAAGCAGCGAAAUGAUCGAGGAUAGAUCUUCCCAUGCCUUACAGUAUAACAGACAAAAGCCGAACAAAUGAUUCGACCAUGAAUGAAUUUUCAUUUUUCUUUCCAAUGGUGAUUCGCUUAAGCACUAAUUGUAAAAUAAAUUAAUAUAUUCUGUAGUAGCUUUUAGCCACUAGCUGGCUGGAAAAUAUUCAGAUACAAAAUAGCACAAACUAAAUGGUGACAAUGGAGGCUUAUCGCUUUCGGCAAUGUUAUGAAGUUUUAUUGCGCAAAGAAUAAGGGGCACCCAACGAGAAUAUAGUUCAAAACUACUUAAACAUAGCAUUGUUAAACGUAUUUUAGUAUUUAAACGGUAGAUAUAGGCAUAUUUUUAUCCCUUAAAAAUUUUUCAUCUGUUCGGAUUUUCUAGCUGAAAGUCUAGUGAUCCGGAAAUCAUAGGGAUCAAAACUUACCUUUUCGAAGAUUUCAGCCAGAAAAAAGGCUCCUAAAAAUUCUAGGUGAUCUUUCUAGGGUAAAAAUCCGUUAAAAAUGGGCAAUUACACCAUUUUUUAGAUGUUCAAAAAUCUUAGGAGAGGCAGGCAAGCAAGAAAUUUUACAAAAAAUGAUCCGAAAAUUCUAAAUCUCAAAUCGUAUAUUUUCCGAAAAUUGACGUUGGAUGCCCCUGAAGAAUAUCAAAGGCCCUUUGCAUGACGAUUCUGCACUAUUAACGGAAGAAAGUGUUGCCAAUUAAACAAGCUUUGUUAACGGUAACCGGUCAAGUCGGGUGUUUCUUGGUGUUACGGAAACUAUUGUUUGUUAGCUUUUGUGUUGUGGUGUGGGUAUUGUUCAGUGUCUUUUCAAUCUUUUGUAUUACGUCAUUGGUGUCCGCAACACCAAGAAACCACCGUCAAGUCGCGCGAAUGUUUUCUCGCCCGAAGUUAUGUCACCCGUAACCAGAGUCGGAAAAAAAUGCGGUGUCAUGUCGCCCGAAUUUUAUCAGGUGAAGUGUACAGAGAAAGAAAGUUAAUUUUUGUUAUAUAAAGAGAGUGUGUUAAUUUAUUAAACCAUCAUGAGACGAAACAAGCGGAAUGAAUGUGUAAUAUAUUUCGCAAUUUAACCAACUAAAACUAUAACAAAAAUCUUAAAUCUGAUUGGCUAUCAACUGUCCUGAUUUCAGCACUAAUAGAACAUUGUAAUAGGACAGCACGCGUCCUGCCUAUGUAAUUGGACAGCAGGCGCCAUCGCGCGUGCGCACACUAAAUGGCUCUUUUUCACUGCUAGCAAGAAAACUCUUGGAGUUUCUUGUGCUUUUUUCUAUUUCAAGAGCGUUAAAACAUCACAAAUUUUUGUAACAGUUAUGAUUAAUUGGUAACAGAACUUCGUUUCGUCCAAUUUUGUCUGUAAUCAUACAAGUGAUUAAGCAAAUCGGACUCCAGCUCCGUAUCGUCCUAUUAUUAUGAUUACUGACUCACUCAGUCCCAUUACCAUUAUUAAUCACAACGAAACAAGCGCGAUAAAUGAGUAUAUCUCUCUAUAUAAUCUUCCAUAAGACGAAACAAAUGCGGCAAAUGGUAAUAGGGAUGCUAGGCUGAUUGUUGAGGCAUGAUAAAAUUUCGAGCCUCAUACUGUUCAGUAUUUCGACGACUUGACUAAACCUUCGGGCGAAAUAACUCUGAUUUCGGGUAACAUAACUUCGAGCGAGAUGACUUUUGGGCGACUUGACCGUAAACCUUGUUAACAUAUUGGAGAGUCUUGGAUCAGGCUUGAAAGUUUAUUUCAAGCAAAAGCAACAUCGUUUUGUGGAAUUUCUGUCGUUUCGUUGCUUUCUCUGCUUUUCGCUCUAAAACAAAAAAAAGCUCUUUUCAAAUAAUCGUUUUUGUUACAAAACUGCUGGCGGAGUGGAAAGGUAGCUCUGGGAACGAGGUUCACUUGCGUUCGUUGAGACUGUCUAAUGACCAAUAAAAAAAGUUCGACAAAUACUUAUUUUAAUUAACGCGAAGUCAGGAGUUACAAUGAAUAGCUAUUGUUGCGUCAUACAAUGUUAUAGCUUAAUUUUAGUUUUUCCUAUUUCUGUUCAUUUUCAUGCUAUUUUAGAAAACAUUUCACUUCAAUUCAAAGAGCUGGACAAACAAACAAUCCUUUAACAUUGACGGAGGGAAGACUGGGUUUGACGCAGAGGAGACCAAAUUGCCUUCCUACUGGAAAACAUCCUUUUCUAAAAUCUGUCUCGGUAUUAACAUUACCGGUAACAUCAGCUUUGCUGUCAUCGACAGGCAAGCGCACUCUUUGCAUUCCCUGAUUGGUGAUGGGCAAAAGCGUAAAACCUCGCUAGGACGUAAAGCGUGGAAGGCGCUGAUUGGUUCAGGGGGCUCCUUACAGACGAACUGCAACGUUGAAGGAUUCAAUGUUAAAGGGGAAGUCAUGGGAAGCGGCAAUGUCGGCCGAAGAGCACGGGCAAGAAUUGGCAUCAUUAGUAACGAUCAUGACCACUGCAUUGCUUGUGAUUCCAGAAUCGGGUUUGGCACAGGUGGAGCUCCCGAUGACAACAAUGUUUGUGGCAAUGCGGCUGACGGAAAACGGAAUCCAGACAACGGCGGCAAAAAUGUAAAGGGAAUAGGUUAUAUCUUGGUGCAGUGAAACAAAAAUACUCGCACUUUAAGAGGCCAAAUUCAGUUACAGUAACAGCAACAAUUCGGAUUUAAUGCACUUCGUUAAAAUAAUUAUUGCGACCUGAGUAGCAAUCGUGUCAAAAACAAAAUGCUUGAAAUUUUACUAUUGCAACACCAAAACUGUUCGAUUACCAGGAGUUUGUAAUCAGACAGAUCAAAUCUGACAGUUAAACAGCCAACGAAAAUCAAAUAAGAAAAUGUUACAAGCCAAUAGUUUUUAACCACAUAGCAGCUGACUGCAGCUGCAGCAUGAAAAAGAGAAUGGACGAAAUUGUCUGGUCCAAUGGCUGUCAUUCAGAUACAUUUUUUUAAAAAUUCGAGAGCCUGAUUUAGAAAGCUUAGAAAGUGUACGAUAUUUUUGCUUUGAGCCUAGCUGCAAGCUGAUGCAAUAAAAACUUUGUGCUUACAUUAAUAAGAUCUAAUAAAUAUUCCAAUACUAAGAUUCUUGAAUUUUGUUAUUGACACAAUUAAUUAGUAAUAGGACUCCGUGUAGUACAAUUCAGGUCAUUCAGGGAUAAUCGGGCUUGUAAUUUCAAAUCAGCCUCGCGCUGAUUUGAAAUUUGAAAUUUGAUUUGAAAUUUUACUUUACUCGUGACCAUUAAAAAGAUAGUAGACUAAUACACAGUAUCAUACCCUAAUUUCAUUGUUUCCUUUUGUUUACUUGUAGCCGCUCUUUUUAGCACUAAUGUUGAGUAAUAUCACCCCUUUUUAGUAUAUUAAUGGGGUAUUUCAAGAUCUUCACUUAUGGUUGUCCUUUGCAUACAUCAAGUUCUAGCGAAUUUAAGAUUUGAUUUUCCGGGCGCAUUUUAAUUAAACCCAGUCUAAACAAAAGAAAAAGUCCAAGAAAUACUGCUUUAAAAUCACUACGCAAUUAAUUAUAUAUGUGAUGCAUUGAGACUUACUAUGCACGUAAAGAAAGCUCUAGAGAGCGGUUUAUUGAGGUGCUUGCCAUUCUACAUAUGAAAUGAUAGCGUUCGGCCUAGAACAGUCAGGGAAGGUACUGUAGCCACAACUUGUUUUCCUAGAGGACCAUUCAAGAUAAGAGGUAUCCCAGAGUCUAACCACAAAUUGAUUUUAGAGCUGCAAAGUUAUAAUGGAAACCUCUUUCAGUUAAGAUCAAGGUAGAACUUACAGAGUACUACUAUUUCCGAAAAUCAAAACGAGAAUUGAUCUGCAAGUCUGCGGUCCAUAGUCCCAGACGUCUAGUGAAUUGGCAGAGAGGGCCUGGAAAACGGUGAACAGGGACUGGGCAAGGAAGCAGCAACGCCGACAGCGACGGCCGCGAAAACGUCACCAAUAAAAGGACGACUUACUCGCGGUUUAAAAUAUCAAUUAAACUGAUUUACGUUUUCGUUGCCGUUGCCGUCGCCGUCGUCGUUGCUAAAGGUCUUUAUUUUAUGUAGCUGUGACAAUUCAGUGUUGAAUAAAAGUAUCUCUAUGUCUG